AUGGGGCUUAGAAGUGUGCUAGUCGCCGGGGUGGCCUUUGGCAGUAGCUUAGUCCAUGCCGCGUCAAGCUUUAGUCCUGCAAGACCACCUGCCAUCCCCUUAGCUGUCAAAGGGCCGUACCUUAACUCGUGGUUACACGUCGGCAGCGAUGGUGGGAACGGAGGUUAUCUUGCUGGCGAAUGGCCAGUAUUCUGGAGCCAGCAGAUUACAGGCUGGGCGGGCUUCAUCCGCGUAGAUGGCAAGGCAUACAACUGGCUGGGUGCUCCGCCCGGUGCAGACUUGGUGGACCAGACUGAAUUCUCUUACACGUCGACACGCAGUUCAUUCGUAAUGAGCGUGGGCGGCAAGGUUGAGAUGAAUAUUACGUUUUUAACGCCUGUAACGCCGAAUGAUUUAAAACGACAAUCUCUAGUCUUCUCUUACCUCGACGUUGCUGUUAGCUCAUUGGACGGCGCCAGCCACGAUGUUCAAUUAUACGCGGACGUCUCAGCAGAAUGGGCCUCCGGUGAUGGAAAUGCCAUCAUAGAGUGGGAUCAUAACUCAGCCGACGGAGUCGCGUACCAUCAAUUUGCCCGUCAGAAUCAGCAAGCUAUUUCCGAGACGAACCAGCAGGCCAACUGGGGUACCUGGUUCUGGUCCACCAAGGACGUCGAAGGUCUCACAUGGCAAAGUGCCGCAGACACCGUUGUGAGAAACGCAUUUAUCAACAAUGGUGUUCUUCCAAACACAAAGGACUCCAAUUACAGAGCGGUAACAGACAAUUGGCCAGUUUUUGGAUUCGCCAAUGAUCUCGGCUCAGUCGGGACCGAUGCUGUCUCGACGUUGUACUCGAUUGGUAUGACCCAGGACGGUGCAAUUAACCUGCUCGGCGAGGGGAGUGACCUCACAACCUACCCUGCCCUGUGGAACAGUUAUUUCGGCUCUGAUAUCGAUGCUAUGACCUUCUUUUACAACGAUUAUGAGGAAUCCGCAAGCAUAGCUACAGACCUGGAUAACCAGGUGGCUUCGGACUCGAUAGCGGCGGCAGGGCAGAAUUACUUAACCUUGACUAGCUUAAGCGUUAGGCAGACCUUCGGCGCUCUACAAUUCACCGGCACGGACUCUGACCCCCUUGUAUUCCUCAAGGAGAUCAGCUCCAACAGCGAUAUCCAGACUGUGGACGUCAUAUUCCCCGCUAUGCCGCUGAUCUUGUACACGAACCCCGCCAUCCUCAACUACAUGCUGAAGCCGCUAUUCCUUAACCAGGAGAACGGUCACUACCCCAACACCAAUGCCAUUCACGAUCUUGGAACCUUCCCCGUUGCUAAGGGCUACACCGAUGGUUCGGACGAGCCCAUGCCGCUCGAGGAAUGCGGUAACAUGAUUAUCAUGGUUUUAGCUUACGCUCAAAAGACAGGCGACAAUGACUACCUUAAGCAGCAUUAUCCUAUCCUGAAGCAAUGGGCUGGUUAUCUAGUUGAUGAGGCGUUGAUUCCCGCAGACCAAAUCUCGACGGACGACUUCGCAGGCUCGUUAGCUAACCAAACGAACUUGGGUUUGAAGGGUAUCAUUGGGCUACGAGCCAUGUCCGAGAUUUCCAGCCUCACAGGUAACACGGAUGAUGCUAGCUCGUACCUCAACACGGCAACAUCUUACAUCUCGCAAUGGCAAGGUUUCGGCCUAAACACGGCGGCUGACCCACCGCAUGCGACUCUAAGCUACGGAGAGGCUGAUUCGCAUGGAUUACUUUACAACUUAUACUCUAACUCGCUACUAAACUUUGGCGAUUUCGUGCCGCAGUCCGUAUACGACAUGCAGUCUAACUUUUACCCGACGGUAGCUCUCGAGUAUGGUAUUCCUCUUGACACGCGCCACACUUACACCAAGACGGACUGGAUGAUGUGGUGCGCGGCCAUCGCGAGCGCAGACACUAGAGAUACAUUCAUAAAGUUAAUCGCAGGCUGGAUCGACAGCACGCCGACCAACAUGGCGUUGACAGAUCUCUACGACGCCUCAUCAGGAAACUACCCAAGCGGGCUUCAGUUCACGGCGCGGCCGGUGGUCGGCGGUCACUUCUCGCUACUAGCGUUGCCAUCGUAA